AAUAUAGGGAUGUCAAUGGGUCGGGUUGGGGCGGGUUUUGUCAAACCCAAACCCAAACCCAUGGGUUUAUCCGGAAAAAAAAACCCGGGGUAAAACCCGUUGGGUUUGAAAAACUCAAACCCAACCCAACCCGCUGGGUAUCCGUGGGUUCAUGGGUACCCGUGGGUUUUUGUGGUAAAAAAUUUACAAUAACAAGUUUCUUUCAAAAUAAAAGUUUAACAUCAAUUUUCUCAUACAAAUUAAUCAUACAAAAAAACACUAAUCUAGAGCAUACAAGCAAACCGCAAAUGAUCAAUACAAAUUGUUCAAAAUUAAAGAUAAACAUCUAUAAACAAAAGAUUAAUUGAAAACUUCUUCCUCGUCAACUAAGUUUCUUCACUCUCCACUUCAUAAUAUCAACUUCAUUCUAAACAAUUAGAAAGAACAAAUUAUACAUGUCUCCAUAAACAUAAAAAAUAUUAAUUGUUUAAGAAAAAUAUAUUAUUUAGAAUAUUAAAUAUACCGGGAAAAUAAUUAUAUGUGUGUGGGCGGGUACCCAUGGAUCGGGUUUACCUAAACCCAAACCCAACCCGACCCGGUGAAUAGUGUAGCGGGUUUAAACCCGAACCCGGCCCAAAACCUGUCAACACGGAUUUUACCCGCGUUAACCGGAUUGGGUCGGGUGGGUACCCACGGAUUCGGGUUUUGUUGUCAUCCCUCGUCUAAUAUCAUUCCUUGAUUUGGCUUUUACCAAAAGCUCAAUAGCUAUAAACAAAUAUGUAAAAACUCACCCAAAUCUCUCUACCCCACAAGUCACCUUCAAAUCAAAACAAUAUUUGUCAUUUUCUAGUUACCACCCUCCAACCCAACACAAAAAAUAUCAUAAAACUUCUUUUUUUACUCAUAUAUAAUUUAAUUUAAUUGGUCCCCCCCCCCCCCCCCCCCCCCCCCCCCCCCCCCCCCCCCCCCCCCCCCCCAAAAUGAAAAAAAUACAAAAAUUUACAAUUAUAUAUAUUUGCAUGAAACCGUCCACGUGCCUUCACCCAUUCUCCUGCCUUCCUUAAAACCUAAGAAUUUCAAGCACAAGACACCACACCCACCACUUCCCCUGUUCUUUGGCCAUUUCCUCCAAAUUUUCUUUUUGAUUCCCAGCAAAAACCCAUAAAUCCAAAUCCCUCAAUUAGUGCAUUUAGCAGCCAAAAGAUGGAUUCUUUUUAAAAGGGUACGAGGGAAACAGAAUAACAAUAACAAUUAAGAUUCAGAGGCAGAGCAAGGCGAGAAAGAGAAGACGAAGGCACAAUAUAAAAGAAAGAUUCGGCGAGUUUCCUGAAUCAGAAGCUAGAAAGCUCGCUCCUUUGCGGGAAGAAAAGAAAAAGGCGAAGCUGCACCGACUCGGCUGGGAACCGAACUCAUUCUCUCUAUCGUCAUUUCCCACUUGGGGUACUUAUCCGUUUUCCCCCCUUCUCCUUGGUUUUCGAAACUCUGUGUUGAGCUAAAAUUCCUCGCAUUUACAAUCCCUCGUUGAGAAUUCGUCAAUGGGGGUUUUGAUGGUGUUCGUCUGAUGAAUGUAAUCGGGCGGCGCUGAACCCCCGCAAUUAGCAAAACCCUAGGUUUUCUGAUUCGUUCCCCCAUUGUACCCCUUUUUUUGUGUGAAUAAGAGGCUUUCUCUAUGGCAUUUGAUCACAACUUGGUUUCGAAAGAUCUGAGGCCGGUGAACGUUGCUCGGCCGUUGAUCGACGAUGGCCGCAUUGGGGUGGUGGGAGGAGCGGCCAACACCGCGCCUAAUUCAGCUACGUCGGCGGCGACGGUUAUGAGCCCUGAAUUUUUCACCGCCGCCCCGGACGGGACUAUUCCGGUUUUCUACUCGGCAGCAGCGGUGCCGGAUUCCGGCGGGUUUGUUGGCGUAGGGUAUAGAAAUGUGGCACCGGCGGCCGUUGCACAGUGGGUCCCGGUGGCAGCUGCAGCUGGUAAUGUAAAUAUUGGUGCGACGACUGUGCCAGCUGCUGUAGGGUACGGUUAUAAUCAUCCUAAUAAUUUGGGGAAUAGGGUAGUGGGUAAUGCUGUUGAUCAAGCUAGUACUGAAAUGUUGGUAGGUGGAUUCGGUUCUAAUCCUCGUACUAACCCCAAUUCGAACAAUGAUUUGUUGAACUCGGGUUAUGGUUACAGCCCGAGUGCAGCAAAUCGGGGGAGUGGUGGUGGGGUUGAUCACACGAGCGAAGAUGGCGGGGAUGACUCAGCAUCUGGGAAGAAAGUCAAGCUGUUGUGUAGUUUUGGAGGGAAGAUUCUGCCUAGACCGAGCGAUGGAGCAUUGAGAUAUGUCGGAGGGCAGACGAGGAUUAUCAGCGUGAGAAGAGAAGCCACAUUUGGUGAGCUGAUGCGGAAGAUGGUGGACGCAUAUGGGCAACCAGUUGUUAUGAAGUACCAGCUUCCCGAUGAGGAUUUGGAUGCAUUGGUUUCAGUCUCGUGCCCUGAAGAUCUCGAUAACAUGUUGGAUGAAUAUGAGAAGUUGGUGGAGAGAUCCUCAGAUGGCUCUGGUAAAUUGAGGGUGUUCCUGUUUUCAGCUGCCGAGCUCGAUACUUCUGGUAUGGUGCAGUUAGGAGAUAUGCAGGAUAGUGGUCAAAGAUAUGUUGAUGCAGUCAAUGGGAUUGUUGCUGACAAUGGUGGUGGUGGGAUGAUCUCAAGGAAGGAGAGUAUGGCUAGUGCUACCUCGACUCAGAAUUCAGAUGUUAGCGGGGCUGAAGCAGUUGACAUCCAGGGUUUCGGACUAGGGGAUGUGACUGGAACUUCAUCGGUCAGCGGGCUUUCUCCUAAGGGGAAUUCAGUUAACUCCCAAGAUGCUACCCCGAGAUUGUUGUCUGGGGAUCCUAAUCCUAACCCACCACUUUAUGCUGACACAUCAUCUGUUUCUUUGGGGAUUCCACUUAUGAAUUCCGGUUCUCCUCCGGCAUUAAUUUCCCAGCAAGAGUUUGAUUAUGAAAGGUCAGCUGCUCCGGUAAAUGUGUCACAGCAGCAGAUGGGAUAUGAACUACCUCAAACAGGAAUGCCAGUUCAAUCGAAUGCACCUCAUCUGCCAGCAUAUAGGGACUAUUUACAUGCAGCUCCUCAAAUGGGAUACCCGAAUUCCCAAAUGUUGGCCACUGCUGGUGGGUCCCUGUUCACUCAACAACCGAUUCAUGAUGUUAAUGCUUCUCUGAAUCCUCAUCAGUAUAUCCCCGGAGUGCACAUGACGAUGGCACCCUCAUCUUCUCUUGCUCCCAUGAGGCCCGUGAUGGUUCAACCCAUGAUGCAAGCUCAACCACCUCGGUUGGACCAUUAUCCGAACGAAAAUAUGUAUGGAACGAGGAUAAUGCAGAUUCCGGUCGAUUCGAACUACAACAUGUAUCAGACACAGGUUCCUCAGGCGGCAGUUAUAGGGGGAGGGUAUAGCUGGAGGCAGGUUCCUCGGCCAGAACAUGUUGUCUAUUCUGACGGUAUGAUUCAUCAUCAACAAGUACAAUAUCCUGAAAAAACUUCAAGACUGGAUGAUUGUCUGAUGUGUCAGAAAGCAUUGCCUCAUGCACACUCUGAUCCUGUUGUUCAAGAACAAAGUCCUCUGUCUCUUGACUCAGUCUAUCAUAGUCUUCGUGUGGAAGAGAGUUCGAAGGUCCGGCCAUUGAACAGGGUAAUGGUGACUGGAGCGUUGGAAGGCACUGUUGGAGCUCAAUCAGAAGCAAUGGAUUUACCUCGGUGUGCUGAGGCAUUUCAUGAAGCCGAGAAAAUUUCCCCCAGGAAAAAGGAAGUUCCUCCAGAGCAAACUCAGAUGUCGGCUCCUCUUGGUAUGAUGGGUAUACAAAGUGAUGCUCAGUCUAGUUAUGAGCUGUUAAUGGGUGCUAUGCCUCAAUCUCGGGCAGAUGAUUCUCUUCAACAGCAGCAUCCAGUAGCAGCACCUCGUGUAGCUGGUGGUGAUCCACCUGUUCAAGCUUCCGAAGGCAUGAUAUAUGAGUCUCCAGGGGCUCCACAAGUUGGUAACCUUCCGCAUGUUGUUUCAAAAGAAAACAUGCUUGAUUCUUUUAUUCCACAUGACCAGCUCAAACCAAUUGAGGCCAACAAGUCAGCUACUGAUCAGAAACCUCAGCACGCUGUACCUUCAAGGGAGUUGCUUCCGGACUCAAAUUAUCGCAAGCCAGAAGCUUUGCCUGCUGCUGAAUUCUCCUAUCUACACAGCUCUCAACCCAUCGAAUCAUAUGAUUUUGCUCAACCACGAUAUUCAGGUGAUCCGGGAGCACAUCUGCACUCCAUGGUUGGUGCUCUCUUAGAUUCUGGUGAUGUCAGUUGUGUCAAUCCACAGUAUGUUGCUGAGCCCGUGUAUCAUGCUGAUAGAGUCCUUCCUCCUGUCAGCGAGAGCAAUACUGAUAUCUCCAGGCUAUUACCGACUACUCUUGCCAAUGAAGUGGAAUCUUUAGCACUAGGUGGGGAUCCACCAUCUACAGCAUCACCAUCUAGUAGACUUGGAGCGAUGCAGGAAUCCUCAGACUCCCUUUUCAGUAACCAGGAUCCUUGGAACUUGAGGCACGAUACUCAUUUCCCUCCUCCUAAACCUCUCAAGAUUGCGACUAGGAAGGAUAAUUUGAGUGCUGGAGAUCCUUUCAAGGAAAGCAACAUUGUUAAUGCCAGGGAAUUGGUUCCAGAUGUGCUGUUGGAUGAUGGAAUUUCUCAGACACACUGUGGUUCGGAGCAUACUCCAUCUUCCAAAGGCUCUGAGGAUAGGCUUAUCAAACAAGAACUUCAGGCUGUAGCUGAAGGAGUAGCUGCCUCUGUUUUUAAGUCCAGUACACCAAGUACUGACUUAACUGGACAUGAAGGAAAUGAACCUCCUUUCGGAGCAAGUGAACAACCCAAGGAGGCUGCCCCGAUUAAAGACGUGGAAACACAGUUUAAAGCUAAAGCUGAGGAUCUGAAGAACAAACAGCCGGAAAAGGUGAACGUGGGAUUUCCAAUGUCGGAAGGUGCAGGACGCCUACAGAUUAUUAAGAGUGAUGACCUUGAAGAGCUAUUCGAAUUGGGUUCUGGCACCUUUGGAACAGUUUACCAUGGAAAGUGGCGGGGUACAGAUGUUGCAAUUAAGCGGAUCAAUGACAGAUGUUUUGCUGGAAAACCUUCGGAACAAGAACGCAUGAUUGACGAUUUCUGGAAUGAAGCUAUCAAGCUUGCUGAUCUGCACCACCCAAAUGUGGUAGCUUUUUAUGGGGUUGUACUAGAUGGCCCUGGUGGUUCAGUAGCAACUGUGACUGAGUAUAUGGUUAAUGGCUCUUUGCGGACCGCUUUGCAGAAAAACGAGAGGAGCCUUGACAAACGUAAGCGCCUCUUGAUCGCCAUGGAUGUGGCUUUUGGCAUGGAAUAUCUGCAUGGGAAAAAUAUAGUUCAUUUCGACCUGAAGAGUGACAAUCUGCUAGUUAAUCUUAGAGAUCCUCAUCGUCCGAUAUGCAAGGUUGGCGAUCUGGGCUUGUCGAAAGUAAAGUGUCAAACGCUAAUCUCGGGUGGUGUAAGGGGAACACUUCCAUGGAUGGCACCGGAGCUUUUGAAUGGUAGCAGCAGCCUUGUCUCUGAGAAGGUUGAUGUGUUCUCAUUCGGUAUUGUGUUGUGGGAGCUUCUGACUGGGGAAGAGCCAUAUGCAGACCUACACUAUGGCGCGAUCAUAGGUGGUAUUGUCAGCAACACCUUGAGGCCGCCAGUGCCAGACUCUUGUGACCCGGAAUGGAAAUCGUUGAUGGAGAGAUGCUGGUCCUCAGAGCCUGCCGAGAGGCCGAGCUUUACCGUGAUAGCGAACGAGUUGAGAGCAAUGUCAGCCAAGAUACCUUCCAGGGGGCAGACUCCCGCUCAGCAAGGUGCUUCCGCGCAACCUCAACCUCAAAAGUGAGUCUCCAGGGGAGUUGGUUCUUUCCUCGUGGCUCAAUGGAGACAGAGUUAGCAGACAUUAGAGGUAAUCUGCUGCAAGUCAAUAUGGGUUUAUCUGUAGGAAGGAUGAGAACGCCCGUCAUUUAACCUUAUUUUCUUUAGUAGAGAUGAUUAUAGUUGCAGGACUCUUUUAAUAGUAACUAGGGUUUUUAUUUAUUUAUGGUUGUGACUAGUGUUUUUGGUUUCGUUUCCUGUGUGCAAAAAGGGUCAAAAGGAAAAAAAAAGAAGAAAUUUUGUUUCGUGUACUUGAAACUUUCGUCUCAUUGACAAUCUUGUUAUAUAUAUCAUAUAUUUGUGUACAUUAUUCGAAGAAAACGAGCUUAUAAAUGUUCAAAUCCAAAAUGAUCUGCAGAUCAAACUAACCUGUUGUUCUGCCUCUACCCAUGAGUUAGGCAACAACCCAUCUGCAGAAAAUGCAGUCAACUCCGGGAAAGGAAGGAACUUUUGUUCACACACUUACGAAUCUUCCACUGUUCAGUUCUUCAGUAACUCUUCCCGGCCGCAGCCCUGAUACCUUUUUCGUCUGCCACGGCCGCCGCUUUCUGCAUUUGUUUCUUCCCUUUUCAAACCCCAGCUAGAUGCUGUUUUCACUACAGCUGCACGUCUUCAUUGAUUGCGUUAAAACUAAACGAAGGUGGGACGAAGUUUUCCUUUUUUCCCCUAUGGAUAAGGCUUGGACAGAAGAAAGGAGAAGUCUUUUCUGGUCAUAUUUGCUUUGAUAUCAAGCACAAGAAGAAGAGUUAGAAUAGUCGUCUUUCGGCCGGUGGGUGGAGGAGCAGAGUUGUAGUUAUCACUCGCGUAUGGCAAAAACUGACUCUUUUUACAGAGUCCGCGUAAACAAAGCGCACAAGGCAAACAGUUAGCUUCGCAGCAAGGAGCCGGCAACGUGGAAGAAGAACCCAACAAAAGAUCUCACUGUUUUGAUAAAUGCAGACUGGUUAG